AUGACCAGAUCAUCUAAGGGUGACCUAAUUGAUUUAGAUCUAGAAAUUGAUAGAACCCUUAGGCGACAAGCAAGAGAACUUAGAUCUCAAGAUAGGGCAGUGACUAAUAGUGUCUUUCCCUUUGUUUCUGAUACUGUGUUUGAGUUUCAACCUAAACUGAUCAAUAUGGCCGCCUAUGAAAACAAUGGCCUGAGGAGAAUAUUUCUGGAGAAGUUCUUUCCUGCUUCCAGAACAGCAGCCAUCCGGAAGGACAUUUGUGGCAUCCGACAGAUAGAUGGAGAAAGCUUGCAUGAGUAUUGGGAGAGAUUCAAGAAGUUGUGUGCUAGUUGUCCUCAUCAUCAGAUAAGUGACCAGCUCCUCAUUCAAUAUUUUUAUGAAGGCUUACUCCCCAUGGACAGGUAUUUAGUGGAUGCUGCAUCUGGAGGAGCCUUAGUGGAAAAGACACCAGCUGCAGCCCGAGACUUAAUUUCAAAGAUGGCUCAAAAUGCACAACAAUUUGGUACCAGGUUGAACACUCCCAUGAAGACUGUCAAUGAGGAUAACACAGAAUCAUGCAAUGGAAUCUUCCCUGGAAGACCGUUUCAGCACCAGCCACAACAAAGUAGGUAUGAUCCCUAUGCUCCCACUUACAAUCCGGGCUGGAGAGACCAUCCCAACUUCAGAUAUGGGGGUGCCUCAACUCAACCAUUCCAACAGAGGUUCAAUACACCAGGUCAAAGUAAUGCCACACCAAUGAAGCAACAAGCACAGACAUUACCCAAGACAGAACCGAGCUUGAAUGACAUAGUGCAGCAAUUGGCUGCCAAUACUCUCAAAUUCCAACAACGGACUGACACCACCAUACAGAAUUUGGAGACACAGAUUGGGCAGUUAGCAACUAACAUAAAUGAGCUAAGGAGUCAAGGUUCGGGUCAGCUACCUUCACAGCCAAUAUCCAAUCAAAAGGGAAAUGUGAGUGCGAUCAUGCUGCGUAGUGGUAAAGAAGUGAAUGCUCCAGAGAAGGCACAAGAAGAAACUGGUAGAAAAGAAGAGUCGCAGCCCCUCUCAAUUCAAAGGGCCAAGCAGCACAUCAACAAUGAUCAGGACAAGGGAGAACACCCCUACAACAAUCCAUUGCCUUUUCCCCAUAGAGCCACUCAAAACAAGAAGAGGGCAGAAGCUAAGUUGGAUAAGGAGAUCAUGGAGACUUUCCAGAAGGUCAAAGUCAAUAUACCACUCUUGGAGGCCAUCAAACAGAUUCCCAAGUAUGCCAAGUUUCUCAAAGACUUGUGCACCCACAAGAGGAAGCUGAAGGGAAAUGAUCAGGUCAACCUUGGAAGGAAUGUCUCAGCCCUAAUCCAGCCUGCCAUGCCUUUGAAAUGCAAAGAUCCAGGGAUGUUUACCAUUCCUUGCACUAUAGGAGAGCUGCAAUUCACAAAUGCUUUGCUAGAUUUAGGUGCUUCCAUUAAUGUAAUGCCUAAGUCUGUUUAUGCAUCCUUACAGGUUGGCCCAUUGAAAUCCACAGGAGUGGUAGUCCAGCUAGCUAACAGGAGCACGGUCUAUCCCACGGGAGUCUUGGAGGAUGUGCUGGUUAAGGUUAAGGAUUUUAUCUUCCCAGCUGACUUUUAUGUUUUAAAUAUGGAAGAUGAUAACAAACUUGGACAUGCACCAUUGAUACUAGGCAGACCUUUCUUGAAAACUGCUAGGACAAUAAUUAAUGUGCAUGAGGGUACCUUGUCUAUGGAAUUUGCUGGUAAUACUAUCCAUUUCCACAUUCUCGAUUCCAUGAAGUAUCCUUCAGAAGAUCAUUCCUCCUGGCAUGUUAAUUUUAUUGACUUGAUGGUUGAUGUUGCAUGUGCUGAUAUUCCUGACUUUGCUUAUGAGUUCCCCACCAUCCAUGACUUUCCUGAUAGUGUCCAUUGCCCUGAUUAUCAUAAUGGAUUCAAUAAGUGUGCCGCUUGUUCUGAGAUAGAUGAGUUUUUAAAUCUUUCUGAAUCUGACAUGAGUUUUCAGCAUGCCUUACACAACUCUCAUGAGCCUUCCAUGGCGAAUGUUUCCCUUGCUGAGAAUUUCAUGCAGGCAAAUGGUUCUCUUGACUUAGACACAAAUAGGUUGCUACCUUCAAUCCAACAACCACCUGCCUUGGAGUGCAAACCCUUACCUGACAACCUCAAGUAUGCUUACUUGGAGGAGGGAGAGAAGUUGCCAGUGCUCAUAGCCAACAACCUCCACCCUGACCAAGAGAAGAGAUUGCUGGACCUACUUAGGAGGAACAAACGAGCAAUAGGCUAG